UAAUUUCCAAUUUCUGUGUCUCUAAGCUGUGGGCUGUGAUAAGACAAGAAGCAGUGGCGGUAACAAUGGCGUCUUUCCCAACCGCCGCUGCAAUUGCCAAUGUCACAAAGAACGCCGGCUGUGGCACUGCCCGCUUCCUCUUCUUCUCCUCUUCUUCCAUUGUCUCUAAAUUCGACCAUUGUCGCCCUCAACGCCGAGCUUUCCCUCUUUUUAGCCCACUACUUCACAACCACAACGCCGCCGGAAGAAUCUCGAGAGAUUGCGCGCGGUUUCCGCUCUCAUUUUGCACUGUCUCAUCCGCUGAGCCUGCCACCAGUGACGCCAUUGCAUCCUCUUCAGCUUCCUUGGGUACUGACGACGAUGAUCCGGAUAAGAAGAUUAAGGAUGCAGCCAAUAUGCUCGAUUUUAGGGUUGGGAAAAUCAUUAAGGCUUGGAGACAUCAGGAGGCCGAUUCUCUUUACGUCGAAGAGGUUGAUGUUGGUGAGCCCGAGCCCAGACUUAUCUGCAGUGGCCUUGUUAAAUAUAUCCCUCUUGAACAACUUCUGGAUAGAAGAGUUAUUGUCCUCGCAAAUUUGAAGCCAAGAAAUAUGCGGGGCAUCAAGUCAUGUGGAAUGCUAAUGGCUGCCUCUGAUGCGUCGCAUGAGAAUGUUGAGCUUCUUUUGCCCCCUGAGGGUUCAAUUCCUGGUGAAAGAAUAUGGUUUGGAUCUGAAGAUGAAAAAGAAGGCCAGCCUGUUGCUGCUACGCCCAAUCAGAUUCAGAAGAAGAAAACAUGGGAAACGGUGCAGCCUCAUCUGAAGACAGAUUCUUGUUGCAUUGUUGUGUUGGGUCCCCAUCCAAUGCGGACCUCCGCUGGCCUCGUCACCUCCACCUCCCUCAAAAAUGCUAACAUCUCCUGACUUCAUCAACACCCUCUAUCACUCCCUCCUUACAUUGGUACUAUUAUUUCAUUUUGUUUUAUUUUCAGCUAUCCGGCAUGCACAUAAGACACGACACGAACACAAUGACAUAUCCUUAUGUUUUCGUAUAAGAGUCGAUGCAAAAAAUGUUAAAGUUUGAACAUUCUAUCCAA